UAACAGAAUAAUAGAGCCGAAAAAAGUGAUAUGAUCGGUGAGUAUGGAGAUGAACUCUGGCACAAAAUUCUCUUUCAAGAAACGAGGAAGACUUGCAAACUCAAGGAAAAGAAAGACCAGUACCACUAGUGAUGAAGGAAGUGGUGAAGAUGAGAGCGCUGUCGUAAGGAAAGAAAGGAGACAAGCCAUUCCAAAUCCGAUGAGACAAAAGACGAAGAAACUGAGUGAGAGGCAAGAUAUCAAAUACAGUGACAGCAGUGAAGAUGAAUCUAAGGAUACAAUGGUCAGCUAUAAAUCCAGUAGAUCCGCUAAACCAACUGGACCAGAAGAUGGGGGUGCUACAGCAACCUAUAACCUGGAUACAGAUUUCAAUGAAGACGCCCAGGCAUUGUUUGAGAAACAGAAGAAGAUCAAUGAGGAGUUAAAAGGAGAAGAGGAUGAUAAGAAGUACAGAGGAAUCAAUAACUAUCAUACAUACAUUGAGAAGAGAGACACUGCACAGGGUAACGCAUCCAGUGGUCACGUAAGGAAAGGACCAAUGAGGGCGCCAACCAACCUCCGUUCGACCACUCGAUGGGAUUAUGCACCUGAUAUCUGUAAAGACUACAAGGAGACUGGGUUCUGUGGGUUUGGUGAUAGCUGUAAGUUCAUGCAUGACAGAUCCGACUACAAGUUUGGAUGGCAGCUUGAGAAGGAAUGGGAUGAUGGAAAAUAUCAACAACAACAAGAUCCAAGUAUGUAUGAGAUUGAUAGUGACGAGGAUGAUGACCUACCUUUCAAAUGUUUCAUAUGUAGACAAUCGUUUACCAGCCCCGUUGUCACAAAAUGCAAGCAUUACUUUUGUGAAAAGUGUGCUCUGAAGCACUACAAGAAGAGCAAAAGAUGCUUUGUGUGUGGAACACAGACCAAUGGUUUAUUUAAUGUAGCAAGAGAGCUGAUAGCCAAACUAGAAAAGUACCAUCGAAACAGACAAGGUAGCGACAGUGAACCCUCAGAAGCGGAUGACCACUCUGACAAUGAGGAAACAAGAUGACAAUAAAGACUGCGAUGAUGACGAUGGAAGAAGUAUGUAGGAGGACGACAAUGAUGAUGGUGAUGUUAGUGACAUAUCAGAGUUUUGUGGAAGAUCAAUUAGUGCAUUUCACAAACCUUGCUCACCAAGUUGCACCCUAAUUGUGAUGUCGCCUCUUUGCGCUGAUCCUGAGGUUGACAACAGUGUAUCGAACACCAUGCAUUAAUAAACAUGUUUCUCUUUCUAAGGAAAUUACACUACUGUCAAUUCUGCUGACUGAUCUUUAUUCUUGAGAGCCAUCAUUCAAUUCAUUAUUUUUUCUUUAGAUUGCCUAUUUUCAUUCCAGGAGUGUGUUAUGCAGGAAAGAGAGCCUGCAAAGAAAAGUUAAGUAAGCCUGUCAUGAUAAUGAACGUCAUUGGCGCAUGUAUUAUGAUGAAACACAUGGAUUAACAUAACAAUUCGUCCUUGCAUCAAGGACUUUUAUGAUGAUACCAGGUACUGCUUUUGACACUAUUGAUAUUUUAAUAGAUUUUUAACAAGUUCUGUUCAAAGUGGAAUGAAUAGUAAGGCCAGUGUCUUGUGAUCAAUCUUAAUGUUAUGAAAAAAAUAGUGAGCACAGUAGUAUUUUUUUAAUUGAGGUUGUUUAGUAUGUAUCUUGAGCAUCCCAUAUAGAUUUUGGAAUACAGAAUUUAAUAGCAUUCAUUAUUGAUCCUCCAUUUGCAUACCAAUAUAAUUUUUUGCAGGUCAUAACCGGUUGAUUAUAUAUUGGUUGAAUUGAAUUUAUUUCCGUUAAAAAACAAACAACAAUAUAUAUAAAAUGAAACAUGUGAAUUCAUAUAUGAAAAACGGGAGGAUGGCCCUACUCAGCAGCAUCAAUUAUGGUGCUAAUGGUCUACCGAGGGGUCCUCAAACCUAGAAAUUGACAAAUGCUGUUUAUGUGACCAAGGAAAUGACUCACAAAGUGUUACCUAUAGUUAAAACAUAUAUGCAAAAAGGAUUGUGGUAUACAUGUACUGUAAAAUGUGUAAUCACUGAUGAAUUAACAAAACAAGCAUGUCAUUCUAGUCAGAUGUCUGUUCUAUUUUCCAUGCAAUAUUAAUACACUGUCCCAUUUCUGCCUAUCUGUGUUAGUGACCUCCAAUGUGGUCAUUUUUCAGCCUAGUUUUUGUGCGGAAAAUUAAUCUUUAUUUUAAAGGCUUUCUUAUUAAUUCAUUGUUUGCUUCAACUUCUUUCUUUAAGCUUUAAAUUUUGACCAGUAGAAAAUAUGGGGAAGAUCAUCAAAAAUUGCUAGGUGUAUGAAGAUCAUGAGCAAGCUCUGGAAUAAAGAUUAGUUAUGGUCAAUGUUUAGUAUAUCUCAAAAUAAUCUUGAGCAGAAAAAAAUCCUAUUUACACUGAAUAAGAAAAACCCGACAUAUAUCAGUGUGAGGUGAAUCCUGAUAAAACAUUGUAAUUAUUUCCAACAUAACAUUUUUUAUGACAGUUUAAAUCAGAUUACAUUUGUUUUGUUCAAACUGAACAUUUGAAAUAAUUGUAAUAAAGUAGCAAAUAUAAAUAAAUGUCAUAAUUUUUU